GAAGUGUGAGACUCGUUUAAUGAUAAACAACAUACCGGUAAACAAAUUAAACGUAACACUUUAGUUAAUUCUCAAUCUAGAAAGUGGCAUCUGGCAACAACAAAAAUAUGAAAAGCGGAACCAAAAGUAUUUGGAAACUUUGCCGGUUCGGAAUAACGAUGGACGUGUACACAAUGCUUGAUUACAGGCCCGGUUCAUACAUAGCCACAGUUAGGAUUAGUCACACAUGUAUUUGAUACAGCUCAGUGGUGCAUGCAUGUCGUUUCGAAGAAAGUCUGCCAAACAUUUUUAUUUGGUUGCUUGAAAUAGCGUUGUGAAUCUUUUCAAAGCAAUCUACAUCUCAUUUGAGAGAAACAGAAGCUAUAUGAGUGUCUUCAGAGUUUGUCACCUGGAAAUAGCUGGUGCUGAGUGAAUCAUGACAGAGCAUAAGACACUGGUCAUAGAUUUUGAGCCCCGGGUGAAUGACACUGCCCAAGGUGAACAGAACCAACAAAGCAGAACAGAGAAACAACUCUGGGUACGCAGUGAAAACUCUUUCACUUUCAACUUCUUCCCUGAUGGUGCACCAGCAGCACAGGGGGCAGAAACUGCCCUUUCAGAUGUGAAACACCAGUUUGCAGGAUUACAGACAAAAACAUCCACCGCUUCUACAGAACAGGGUUCUGGUUUUGCAUUCAACUUCCAAAUCCCUGUUAGUAUACCAGGGGAGAUGGAGAAAGAAAUUGGCACACCAGUACCCUCAGGGCCUGUAGCCCUGAAAGAGCCCAAAGAGGAAAAGCCUCAGGGCCAGAACGUUCAACAAGUAAUUAAAGCACCUGAGCCAACCACAUCUUCUAAAGCCAAGAAAAAUAAGAAAUCUGGUCAUAAGAAAAUUGCCAGCGAAGGACAGCAAAAACAGAUGACAAACUUGACAGACACAGAAGGGACUCGUGGGGAGGAUGGCACAAUGCUGACUACAGAACAGCAGCUGAAAAGAGAGCUGGACUGGUGCAUUGAGCAGCUGGAGUUUGGCAUGGCUACUCUGAAGGCUACACCAAAACAGAAGGAGGAGGCCUCUCGUGCCCUUAAGACGCUGCGCAGCUCCAAAGCCCCUCUGGCAAAGAAGAGGCAGGUGAUGAGGGCCAUGUCUGGGGACUACAGGAAGAAGAUGGAGGAGGAGAAGCACAAGCAGUUCAAAUUGAUUCAUGCUGCAAUGACAUCGGCUCAGGUCAAAGUAGUGGCAGACCCUGCUAAGAAGUCUAUUUUCCACAGGAAAGCGGAAGGUAGAACAGAGACUCUACCCUUAAAAUUAAAUGCAAAGAGUCAACAAGAUAAUUUACAGGCACAGACUCCAAACACAAGUGUGCUGAACCAGGAGAACUCAACUUUUGUCUUCACUCCUGCUAAUGAAGAGUUCUGCUUUAACUUCCUCUGAUUUGCUCUGGGGAAGUAUUUGCUCAAGAAAUCAGUCUUACUCUAUAGAGGAAUACAAAUGAAGCCAUUUUUAAAGUUCUUUGCUUGAAUGCUCUCCAUCUGAAUAAUGGUUUCGGUUGAUUAUAAUGCUAUUGGUUGUGGUUUGAUUAAGUAUUGUAAACCUUUUGAUUAAUAAAAUUGAUUAUUUGGGUAAA